AAUAGAGGUGUACACUUUUUACAGAUUAAUUUUGAAUUUAUUCAAAAAUAUAUACCGUGUAGUAAUGUGACUUAACAUAGACACAGGAAAUAAAGAACGUGACCCCAGAGCCCGGUAAUAAUUUUCACGAAUUUUAUGUCAGUAUGCCGACGGAAAGCCACUCCCCUUUAAGACAUCAUCAUCAUCAUCAUCAUCCCCACAUCUCCUCCUCAGCUCGCCGCUGCUGCUGCUGUUCUUCUAGUUAUUGAUGUAAUGGAGAAGAAAGCGAGCGAGGGAUUCACAGUUUAGUCACUACAUUCUUUCUGCCAACAUCCUAAAGCUUGAAGGCGGAAAUCCCUUUCGGCAGCCCAAAAAAAAAAGACAGAUUAAUCUGGUUGACAUACAGAUUCUUCUUAAUUGUCCCGUGGGAGAAAAGAAACGCACGAGCAUAAUCAUGAAGAGAUUAACGGGCAAGACGAAAGAAGCCACUUUGAUAGAAAUGUCCAACACGCUGGAUUCUCAGAUUGAAGAUGGCUGUGCCGUUCUGACGGGCUACCGGAGGACCUUUCAGGCAGGUAAUAAUGGCAACAUUAACUCCAUCUCUGACCGAGGGACACAGCUGCCUGGUCACCGGGAGAUAGACAAGUUUGGACAGAACAGGGACUCCGUGUUCUUCAGGGAUGGUGUACGGCGCAUCGAUUUUGUUCUGUCCUACAUUGACGACAAGGAUGGAGACAAGAAAGCGGAGAGAAGAAGAGAGUUUGAAGCUAACCUGGAGAAGGCUGGUCUUGAGCUGGAGACUGAAGAUAAAUCGGAGUCAGAUGACCGUAAGACGUAUUAUCUGAAGAUUCACGCUCCGUGGGAAGUGUUGGCCACCUAUGCUGAUGUGCUAAAGAUCAAAGUGCCCUUUAAAGCGAGUGAUAUUCCCAAAGCUCGAGAAGUUCCUCUGGAGUGGCUCACUCAACCUUUCCGGCUGCCAGACAACAUCAUGAGGCCAGAGCCGGACUACUUCACUGCACCUUUUGACAAGAGCAAGGUCGACUUCUUCCUCAUUGAUGAUAAGGACACAUUUUUUCCUCCCUCCACUCGCAACAGGAUUGUGUACUACAUCAUGACCCGCUGCCCUUACUACAAGGAAGACCGUUUAGAGAAAGAUAAGACAGGAAUUAAACGACUGCUAAACAAUGGCACCUACACCUCAGCAUAUCCCCUUCAUGAUUGCAAGUAUUGGAAGAAGGCACAAGACAUGCAGUGUGAGAGUGAGAGGUAUCAUCUGUACAAAUACUGGGCUGGGUUCCUCUGCUUCUACAAAGAGCAACCGCUUAAUCUGAUCAAGAAGUACUAUGGUGAGAAGAUUGGUAUCUACUUUGCCUGGCUGGGCUUUUACACAGAAAUGCUGUUUUUUGCUGCAGUCAUGGGAGUGAUCUGUUUUGUUUAUGGUGUGCUUAGUUACGAAGACAACAUCACAAGUAAAGAGAUCUGUGACCCAGACAUCGGUGGGAUGAUUGUCAUGUGUCCACUCUGUGAUAAAAAGUGCAGCUACUGGAAACUCAACUCAACGUGUCUGUCCUCCUGGCAAUCUCAUCUAUUUGAUAACGAGGGGACUGUGUUCUUUGCCAUGUUCAUGGGUAUUUGGGUGACCCUGUUCCUGGAGUUCUGGAAGCGGCGGCAGGCCCGUCUGGAGUAUGAGUGGGACCUUGUGGACUUUGAGGAGGAACAGCAGCAGCUACAGAUCAGGCCAGAGUAUGAGUUGAAAUGCACAGGCCGCAGACUCAACCGCAUCACGCAGGAAAUGGAGCCUUAUCUUCCUUUCCCCAGCAAGUGUGCCCGAUUCUGUCUGUCUGGAGCAACAGUUCUCUUUUGGACAUGUCUGAUAGUGGCCUGUAUAAUGGGAGUAAUCGCUUAUAGAUUGGCGGUUUAUGCAGCGUUCGCUAGCGUCAUGAAGGACAGCCCCACCAGUAAAAUCCAGCUGGUGGGAUCUCUCAUCACCCCUCAGCUUGCCACCUCGGUCACCGCUUCCUGCAUCAACUUUGUCAUUAUCCUCAUCCUCAACUUCCUCUAUGAGCAUCCAUCCAUAUCAAUCACAUAUAUGAAGAUCCCCAAGACCCAUCUGGAGUAUGAGAACAAGCUGACCAUGAAGAUGUUUAUGUUCCAGUUUGUGAACUACUACUCUUCAUGUUUCUAUGUGGCCUUCUUUAAAGGGAAGUUUGUUGGUUAUCCGGGAAACUACACUUAUAUGUUUGGAAAGUGGAGCAAGCUGAGAAAUGAGGAGUGUGCCCCUGGAGGCUGUCUGAUUGAGCUAACCACACAGCUGCUUAUCAUCAUGGCUGGAAAACAAAUGGUUGGGAACGUCCAAGAGGCUCUGCUGCCACUUCUCAGAAACUGGUGGGGCAGCAGGAAAGGGCGAAGUCAUCCAGAGAGUACAUACAGUAGAUGGGAGCAGGACCACGAUCUACAGAACUUCAGCCAGUUUGGACUCUUCUAUGAGUAUCUGGAGAUGGUCAUCCAGUUUGGCUUCAUAACACUAUUCGUAGCCUCUUUUCCACUGGCCCCUCUUCUCGCCCUCUUCAACAACAUCCUGGAGGUGCGAGUCGAUGCUUGGAAGUUUACUACACAGUUCAGAAGGCCAGUGGCAGCGAAGGCUCGCAACAUUGGAGCGUGGGAAGAGAUCCUUAAUGUGGUGGCCAUCUUGUCCGUGGUCACAAAUGCUUUCAUCGUUGCAUUCACCUCAGAUAUGAUUCCUCGCCUGGUCUAUCUGUACGCCUACCACACAGGCAGCAAGGCCACUAUGAGAGGUUACAUCGACAACAGCCUCUCCUUUUACAACAUCUCUCAGAUCCCUGAUGCUAACCUACCUGAAGCUGGAGAAAACCCAUCAUGGUUUAACAACUCUACUAUCACAACAUGCAGGUAUCGGGACUACAGAUACCCACCUGGGCAUGAGAAGCAGUACACACACACCAUGCAGUUCUGGCACAUCUUGGCUGCUAAACUAGCCUUCAUCAUCAUCAUGGAACAUGUUGUAUUUGUGGUGAAAUUCUUCGUGGCGUGGCUGAUUCCAGAUGUGCCGGCAGAAGUAAAGGCCCGUAUAAAGCGCGAGCGCUUUCUGGUUCAGGAAUACCUGCACAACUACGAAGUGGAGAAACUCAAGAUGCAGCUGAGCCAGAGUUUCUGCCUGUCCACAGAAACAGCCUCACUGCUGCCCUCUAGUCCAAGUAAACACCAGGUGCUUUCUGAAUGUAUCUGAAUAUCCCUGAACCCUCAGGACUACUCACAUAUACUAUACACUGCAAAGCAUGGAGGAACCAAAUCUUCGGGAAACCUUAAUACUAGGGCUGCACGAUUAAUCGAAUGCUAUUGUCAUGAGCAUCUUGUCAGUAAAGCCGGUUCUGUGAUUAGUAGUUGAUCUCCAUCACGUGCUUUCAGAUGGAGCAGCAUUUACUACACACACAGAGCAGUAGUUCACUGACAAGCUACGAUUAAAUUGCUCGAUUUUGAAAUUGAAGAAAUCAUUCUGCGAUUAUGAAAGCUGUUUGCGUAGCUUGUCAGUGAACUGCGGCUCUGUGUAGUAAAUGCUGCUCCAUCUGAAAGCAUGUGAAAUUACCACAUUUAAUAACAUUUUUACUCCAAACCCACUUCAUGGGUGUUUGAAAUAAAUCCUUAUGUGAGAUUAUGUGGCUUCUUACACAGAAUAAGGCAAGCAACAUAUUUCAUAGUAUUCCAAGCAGUGAUAAAAGCUAAGGUCAAUUAGCAUUGCAUUAUUAUAUACUUCAUUAUAAUAAAAAUUAUAAUAAGACAAACUCAGAUAAACCAUAUAUUGUCGUAGUCAUGUGUUUAUUAGUCACUGUUGAAUUAAUGAAAGCAGUUAAAUCUUCUGUUUAUUCAGCAACCUAAAAGCAUUUACUGGGUUUCUUCUGCGAGGCGUAUUUGUAGUUUCAGUGCGAGAGCGCCGUCUGGCUUUCGGAGGGAGAUUUACUACUGAUCACAGAACUGUGCUUCACUGAAAGAUACACAUGACAAUCACUGCUUCUGCCUAAUCGUGAAUUAUCACAUUUGUGAUUUAAUUUUAAUUAAUCGUGCAGCCCUACUUCAUACAUUUAUUGCAAAGAACCGCCUGUCCACAUCCAAACAACUGCCAGAACUUUUAUAAAGACCUACAUGCCUAACAGUCUCUUUUCUGCUUGAGGUUUGUGGGAAAACAUUACCGCUUUCCUUUGUGUUUCUCUCUAAUGUCUGGAGUGCACUUGCUUAACUGCACUUUUACAAAGGAGAAAGGCUUGGAGACAGAUCACCAAGAUUUCAGCGGCAAACCCUCUGGAAUGCAGCCUGCUGUUCCUCAGGUUGCCUUUAAAGCAAGCUGCUGUGAAUUCAACUUAUGAAUAAUCAUUUAUGACCAUUAAAAGAAUGAACAUGUUUAGAAGGCAAUAAGAAUUUAUGUCCGUCCAGCUUGUUGCGACUAUAUUUUUUUGAAGUAGUAAUCUGCAUGUGUUUUCCCUGUAUGUCUGACUGUGAAAGAGGUACAUGUAGACAGUGUGUUGUCUUUUUUUUUUUUCGACAUUUUUUGUGGGCAUGUGCAGUUUAACAGUUCAUAUAUGUUGUUGUCCAGUGGAUAUUUUCUCUUAUGAAACACACUGAUAGCUGAAUAGCUAUCAGACAAUAUCAUCAUUCCUGUAGUGCUUACAUCAUCUUGUUUCACAUAAUAUUUAUAUUUUAUUAUUAUUUUAAUUAAUGCUGUACCUUGCCACCCACACAUUUUGUUCUGUCAAAUUAAAAUGUUUUUUUUUUUUUUUUCUUUGUUAUUGUUGGUUUUCUUCAAGGAUGUAUUUAUUGCUACAGAGUUAUCAUAUAACUGAUUUAUUAUCUGGUUGGUUGGAAGGAUUGAUUUGACCAGAUUAAGCUAUAUGUUUUCUGAUCCUUCAAAAAUCAGAAACUCAAGCCUUUAUUCAUCACAUUGUUCUGCAAGAGUCUGUCAAGGUUUGCUAAAUGAACUUUAGCACCCAUCUGUAAUCGAGACUAGGAGAACACUAGUCUUUUUCAUCAUGCCGUUUCUCUGUAACUAAUUUCUGGGGACUUCGAUAUUCACCCUGAUAACUUCAUUUGAUAUUACAGUACUGCUGGGACAAAUUAAUUCAGUGAAACAGACUUUCAGAGAUUCCCAUACAUGUCAAGGCCAAGAAAUGAUCUGUAAUGGUGUAUACAUGCAAAAGGAAAAAUAACAACAUCACGGUUUUCUAAACAAGUGAAUAGAAGGAAUCAAGUGUCCUCUGCUGUAUUACUAACCUGGAGCAAAGAGAUUUGGUACAAACAUUUUGAGCUGCCCCAUCAACAUUUCUGAUGUUUGGUUAUUACUUUCCGUAGCACUGUUGAUGAACACUAUGAACUCAGCGCCAAUCUUCUUCCAUAGGGACUCCACCUGUUUGAAAACAAGCAAACAUGGAUAUUAUGUCUCUUUUUAAGGUGUCUUAUCAAUUUAACUACUCAUUUUGUGAACCAUACCUGUUCAUUUCAUUUCACAAAUGUUAUAUAUUCUUUACAUAUGUAUUUUUAGCCUGUCAUGUGACUUUUGCUGUUAUUCAUCAGUCUUUUAUGGAUACAAAUACAGUUUACAGAAAUUUUCUGAAUAUUGUGUUGCUAUACUUGUAUACAAAGUUUUAUCCAAAACAGAAUGCAUAAUAUACCCUAAGUGAAAUAUUACAGUCUAUUCAUGAUAAAAUAUUAUUUACUAUUAUCAUUUCUAUUAUUUAUUCACUUAGUUUAGGAUAUAUUUGUGUUCAGAUGAGAACAUGUCACACAUGCAUUUGCCUUAAUUGCUGUCAUUAUGUAUGUGUAUAUUAUGUAUCGUCUUAAUUAUUUAGUCUACAAAUGUUUACAGAAUGAGUUGCAUGAAACCGUGUGAAAAAAGUAAGUUUAUGAAUAAUCAUGAAUCAAUCUUAUAAAAGCGAGAACGUGCCAAAAUAAAGUGGUUUAAGUAUA